UGCCUUUUACAGGUUUCCUUGCAAGCUGAAGGCUGUGCCUGCGGGUGUGUGCGUGUGUGUGCGUGUUCCCUACUGUGACAGUCCCUUGUGCGUCCGGAGAGUUCUAAGAUGGGUCUGGGUCACUGAGGUUGGCAUGUAAGCAGGCAAGCAAAGACCCACUCCAGGGGUUCACAGUACUCCCGAGUCCAGCUGCUCUGAAAGUUGCCGGGGAAAUACCUCGGUGAGAAGUUAAGACUUGGAGCCGCUUCACAGCAGCCACUGGAGACCAGAGGGUGUCUGACUUGAAUCGCGGCAGGCAUUGGCUCAAGUCUCCUCGGCUUCCCCAGGCCUGGCUUCCACUGCCCUGGGGAGCAGUAAUAAGGGAGGAAUGAGGACUGCAUAGUCUCUCUCAGACUGGCUCUUAGUGCAAAGUUUUCCAGCCUUUCCUUUAAUCCUUUGGUCUUGGAAGGAGCAUGCCAUAUGCACUUUUGGUGGGAGAAAUUAAAAGCCCAGAUUACACAGCUGAGGAUGGAAAGGGUUGACAUCCUUAUGUGAUAUUGGAUGUAGGAAUAAAUAAGUAUGAGCCAUUUCUUGAAAACAUUUUUAUUGGAGUUUGAAUGGGGUAAGAGUGUGACGGCUCAGGCUGGCUCACUGUGCCUGAAAGCUUACCGAGUGUCAUAGUCAUAGUACUUCAGCAGCGUUAUUUUCCAGUACAUUUUACACCAUUGUUUGUGUAUUUUUCUUGCCAAAAGGAUUUUUGACUUGCUCCAUAUAUUCCCCCCUCCCUUUUUUUUUAAGUCACUCCCAUCUAAGGAGGCAAGCAGCUUCCAGGGGACACAAAGAAAGCUGACUGCAAUGAAUUGGGCAUGGAUUCUUCUUGAAUGAUGAAUAGAUAUGAGUGCUAGUGCUACUAUUUUAUUUUAUGCUAUUUUAAACAAAAGUGUUAUUAUUAAGAUGGAUUCGGGCAAGGGUGCUAGGGUUUUGGAUUGACAAUUUAUAUUAACUGUACACUAGCUGGAAGCUACUUCCCUUUUUUUCUAAAUUUUUCUGGUCCAUCCUUUUUUGAUGUAAGGUUGUAAAUACUUGGUCUAGCUGAUAGCCACUGACUAGCCUUAAUAAUAAAGCUUUUGUUCAAAAACUGUGAAUCUUAUUCAAAAGCUUUAAAUCUAAAUGUCGAGAGUCUUUAUUGUAAUGCCUACAUUACCACUGUCUGAAGACACAGGUAUCAGCUAUUUCUGUUUUAUCAGCUAUUAUCUUCUUCAGUAGGGAAGAUCAGAGGAAAGGGUCAUCCUGAAGACUAUUAAUAUUGACUUUAGGAUGCAACCAGAAACAAAUCCCUCUAUCUGGCAGGAAAGUUAUCUUUCUUAAAGUGGGUCACCCCAUAUUUCCUUAUUUAGAACAAUGAUAGGACCAGAUAUUACUCAGCCUGGAGUGACUUUUUUGCUCCUCCUUUCCUUGUUGUUGAAUAAGAACUGGCUUGCAGAAUAAAAGAGAAAGUAUGUUCAUGUGUCUAUUAUUGGAAAGUAUAAAUGGCUGAAAUUAACAUUGAGUGCCGUAAUCUAGAAAGUGACGAAAGUGACAAAGUCUCAAGUCACUUUUGUUCAAUGAUCUCAUCGUGUUUAGCUUUACUCUUUAUGGAAAGAAAAUCUAAAGGCAACCGAUAAAGUGACUGACAAUGUAAACUGCAAUUGGCAUUCAUGGAGAAACCUGCUUCUCCACUGGGCCUUACUGGUGCUGAACACUAUGCCAAAUGAUGUAAACACACGAUUUUUAUUAGCCUGUGGGCAACUUCACCAGCAAAGAAGCUAACUUCUCUGAUCGGACAAAUGACUUACGCCCUAUGAUGACUACUAAAUCAACCAACAACUGAAGAAAUCCACUUUCCUUUUUUAUAAAGUUUUCUUUCUCUCUCUUUAAUAAUGAACAGCUUUACUUCAGGAAAGGAUUUUGUUAUUGUAAGUAGAGGAGAGACACAAAGGUAAUGACGUAACAUUAAUUGAGACUUACUGUGACAAUACAAGAUUGUCAUAUUCAACUCUCCCAAUAGCUCUAUAAGGUGGAUAUUAUUUUUAUACUCAAUUUCAAAUGACACAGAGAGGCUAAGUAAUUUAUCUAAUGCCACACAGCUAGAAAGUGGUGAGCUGGGAUUAGAACUAAGGCGAUCUGGCUCCAGAACUCAUGACUUGAACCACUAUUAAGAGAAAGAACCAUCGUUGACCUCUCUAAAAUAUGGCUAGUGUUUUCUUUUCCCAGAAAGUUUAAGACUAUUUCAUCCCAAGUAUUCCUGCAGGAUAAUUUCUUUUUAAGAGAGUAGCUCUACAAAGUAAAAUGAAAUGCACGCUUGGCAGGUAUUUGUUUAACUUGAGCCACUUAGGUAGUAAAACCAGAUAAUUAUUAGAUUGUAAAAUCCCGGAGACAAGAAUUAUCUUUAAAAUACUAUGUUGCUCUAUGCACUGUAAAUUUAGCACAGAUCUUAAAAUGUUCACUGAAAGACUUAUGAAACAGGCCCUAUAAGAUUUUUUGUCGUUGUUAACCUGAUUAUCUGGUUUGGCUGCCCCAGGGAUCACAACUUCAGAACAACAAACCUUCACUUAUUUUGCACUUAACAUACACAGCUUCAGGCCAGGCAGCAGCAUACUUGCAACAAUCCUGACAACUGUGGAACGUAAGCUAUUACUCCGGACAGACAUUUCUGAAUCUUAUGGCAAGGGCCUUAUAUGACAAUGUCCCAGAGUGUGCCGAGGAACUGGCCUUUCGCAAGGGAGACAUCCUGACUGUCAUAGAGCAGAACACAGGGGGACUGGAAGGAUGGUGGCUGUGCUCCUUACAUGGUCGACAAGGCAUUGUUCCAGGCAACCGGGUGAAGCUUCUGAUUGGUCCUGUGCAGGAGACCACCUCCAGUCACGACCAGCCUGCCUCUGGACUGAUGCAGCAGACCUUUGGCCAACAGAAGCUCUAUCAAGUGCCAAACCCACAGGCUGCUCCCCGAGACACCAUCUACCAAGUGCCACCUUCCUACCAAAAUCAGGGAAUUUACCAAGUCCCCACUGGCCAUGGCACCCAAGAACAAGAGGUAUAUCAGGUGCCACCAUCAGUGCAGAGAAGCAUUGGGGGAACCAGUGGGCCCCACGUGGGUAAAAAGGUGAUAACCCCCGUAAGGACAGGCCAUGGCUACGUAUACGAGUACCCAUCCCGAUACCAAAAGGACGUCUACGAUAUCCCUCCUUCCCAUACCACUCAAGGGGUAUACGACAUCCCUCCCUCAUCAGUGAAAGGCCCUGUGUUUUCAGUUCCAGUGGGAGAGAUAAAACCUCAAGGGGUGUAUGACAUCCCGCCUACAAAAGGGGUAUAUGCCAUUCCACCCUCUGCUUGCCGGGAUGAAGCAGGGCUUAGGGAAAAGGACUAUGACUUCCCCCCUCCCAUGAGACAAGUUGGAAGGGCAGACCUCAGACCUGAGGGGGUUUAUGACAUUCCCCCAACCAGCGCCAAGCCAGCAGGAAAGGACCUUCAUGUAAAAUACAACUGUGACAUUCCAGGAGCUGCAGAACCCGUAGCUCGACGGCACCAGAGCCUGUCCCCGAAUCACCCACCCCCGCAACUGGGACAGUCAGUGGGCUCUCACAACGACGCAUAUGACGUCCCCCGAGGCGUUCAGUUUCUUGAGCCACCAGCAGAAACCAGUGAGAAAGCAAACCCCCAAGAAAGGGAUGGUGUUUAUGAUGUCCCUCUGCAUAACCCGCCGGAUGCUAAAGGCUCUCGGGACUUGGUGGAUGGGAUCAACCGAUUGUCUUUCUCCAGUACAGGCAGCACCCGGAGUAACAUGUCCACGUCGUCCACCUCCUCCAAGGAGUCCUCACUGUCAGCCUCCCCAGCUCAGGACAAAAGGCUCUUACUGGAUCCAGACACAGCUAUCGAGAGACUUCAGCGGCUUCAGCAGGCCCUGGAGAUGGGUGUCUCCAGCCUAAUGGCACUGAUCACCACCGACUGGCGGUGUUACGGAUAUAUGGAAAGACACAUCAACGAGAUACGCACGGCGGUGGACAAGGUGGAGCUGUUCCUGAAGGAGUACCUCCACUUUGUUAAGGGAGCUGUUGCAAAUGCUGCCUGCCUCCCGGAACUUGUCCUCCACAACAAGAUGAAGCGGGAGCUGCAGCGAGUCGAAGAUUCCCACCAGAUUCUGAGUCAAACCAGCCACGACUUAAAUGAGUGCAGCUGGUCCCUGAAUAUCUUGGCCAUCAACAAGCCCCAGAACAAGUGUGACGAUCUGGACCGGUUUGUGAUGGUGGCAAAGACGGUGCCCGAUGACGCCAAGCAGCUCACCACAACCAUCAACACCAAUGCAGAGGCCCUCUUCAGACCCGGCCCUGGCAGCUUGCAUCUGAAGAACGGGCCGGAGAGCAUCAUGAACUCAACGGAGUACCCACACGGUGGCUCCCAGGGGCAGCUGCUGCAUCCUGGUGACCACAAGGCCCAGGCCCACAACAAGGCACUGCCCCCAGGCCUGAGCAAGGAGCAGGCCCCUGACUGUAGCAGCAGUGAUGGUUCUGAGAGGAGCUGGAUGGAUGACUACGAUUAUGUCCACCUACAGGGUAAGGAGGAGUUCGAGAGGCAACAGAAAGAGCUAUUGGAAAAAGAGAAUAUCAUGAAACAAAACAAGAUGCAGCUGGAACAUCAUCAGCUGAGCCAGUUCCAGCUGUUGGAACAAGAAAUUACAAAGCCCGUGGAGAAUGACAUCUCGAAGUGGAAGCCCUCUCAGAGCCUACCCACCACAAACGGUGGCGUGAGUGCGCAGGAUCGACAGUUGCUGUGCUUCUACUAUGACCAAUGUGAGACCCAUUUCAUUUCCCUUCUCAACGCCAUUGACGCGCUCUUCAGUUGUGUCAGCUCAGCCCAGCCCCCGCGAAUCUUCGUGGCACACAGCAAGUUUGUCAUCCUUAGUGCACACAAACUGGUGUUCAUUGGAGACACGCUGACACGGCAGGUGACUGCCCAGGACAUUCGCAACAAAGUCAUGAACUCCAGCAAUCAGCUCUGCGAGCAGCUCAAGACUAUAGUCAUGGCGACCAAGAUGGCCGCCCUCCAUUACCCGAGUACCACGGCCCUGCAGGAAAUGGUGCACCAAGUGACAGACCUUUCUAGAAAUGCCCAGCUGUUCAAGCGCUCUUUGCUGGAAAUGGCAACGUUCUGAGAAGAAAAAAAGAAGAAGGGGACUGCGUUAAUGGUUACUAAGGAAAACUGGAAAUACUAUCUGGUUUUUGUAAAUUAUCUAUUUUUGUAGAUAUUUUAUAUGAAAAUGGAAUAUUUUAACAUUUUAAGGGUUAGACAACUUUCAGAAAUUCAGGGAGCUGGAGAGGGAAAUCUUUUUUUCCCCCGAGUGGUUCUUAUGUAUACAUAGAAGUAUCUAAGACAUAGACUGUACAGAGACUUGUCCACGUGCUUUUGUAUGCCUGUGUAUUCAUGUUUGUUUGUAGAUGUUUGUCUGAUGCAUUUCAUUAAAAAAAAAAAUGAAUUAAGAAGCACCUUAGUAAGCACCUUCUAAUGCUGCAUUUUGUUGUUGUUGUUAAAAACAUACCAGCCGGUUAUAAUAUUGUUCUCCAUGUCCUUGUGAUUCUGAGCCUGGCACUCCCAAAUCUGAGAAGUAGAGUAUAUUUGCAAAUGUUCACCUUCCAAAUCAUGAGACAUAGCACGACUUAUUCUUGUUUUGAAAACUCUUUUCAAAAUUGAUCAUCUUAAACACAUGAUGGCCAAGUGCCCAAAAGCCCUUUUGCAGAGCAAAUUUCAGAAUAUGUAUGUGAAUCCAAGCUCUGACAGUUCAGGUGCUGGAGGGAGGAGAGACCUGUGUGUUUAGAGACCAGGACCACAGUUAGGAUUGGAUUGUUUCAAUACUGAGAGACAGCUACAAUAAAAGGAGGGCAAUUGCCUGCCUGGGGCUGUUCGAUCUUCUGCAUUUGUGAGUGAUUCAGUCAUGAGGUUUUCCAAAAGAUGUUUUUAGAGUUGUAAAAACCAUAUUUGCAGCAAGGAUUCACAAAGGCGUAUCAGACUAUGAUUGUUCACCAAAACAGGGGAAUGCUUUGAUCCGCCAGUUACAAGUAGAGGCCUUUCUGACUCUUAAUAUUCACUUUGGUGCUACUACCCCCAUUACCUGAGGGAAACUGGCCAGGUCCUUGAUCAUGGAACUACAGAGCUACCAGGAUGUAUCCUGCUCUCUAAGGGAAUUUAUUGCUGUCUUGCACCUUCUUUAAAACUCACAUAUGCAGACCUGACACUCAAGAGUGGCUAGCCACACAGCGUCCAUCUAAUUUUUACAAUUUCCUGUGGCCGAUGUGUAUAACCCCUACCACUAUCUCACAGGUAGUCACAGUAUCCAUUCUAUAGUCUGUCUCCUCACACCUGUUAGUAUUGACAUAGCACAAACACCACAAGCCAUCAUGUUCUUCAUGGGGCAAGCGAAAUACUUCUACCCCAUGGGUAAACGUAUUUACAUAUUACCAAGAGAAAAAGCACAUUAUCUAUGAUAUUUUGGUCCAAUUCUUAUUUAGCAUUUUUAUUCUAGCCUAUUUGGAAACAUGUUUUUAAUUGCAAUAUAUGCCUGGCUGAAUUAAGCUUGCUUGUUUUAAACAACCAAAUCAUUGGAACAGAAAAGGAUUUAAAAAACAAGAAUGCAUCUCAGAGUGACUAAAAAAAAAACAGUGGAAAUAAAUGAUCAUAGAAGGUGCUUUUCAAAACCACUGCUAUUACAAUUCUCAAAGUCCUACUCUGCCAAAAGAAGACUAAAAGUCAUAAGUUACAUGACAAGGAAAUGUUUAUGUGGGAAGAGGGUUGCUGAAAAUCAACAACACUUGAAGUUUAAAGUGCGUCUUUGUAGAUUUCAUUGUAUAAUGUGUAUUUCUUAGAAGAUGGCUGACUUGAUUGAUCUACGCUAAGUAGAGACAUUUCACAUUUUUAAAACCAAAAUGUUCAAUCUGUAUUACUCUUUGCCAUCUUGUAUGUAGAGGCUAUUUUUAAAUCAUUAAAUUUUUAGAUCUCUGUUUUCAUA